AUGAAUAAUAAUAAAAUAUCUAGAUAUCAUCAAUCAAGGAAUCCUAUAUACUCCUCUUUAAGUAGUUUAACAAAGACAAUUAGUACAAAUUAUAAUAUUAAUCAAUUCCAACAAGACAAUCAGACAAUAGAUAGAAAUAAUAAUCAUGUUUCAAAAAUAAAAGAAAAAUAUAGUAGAAAUACUUGUUACAUGAAUGCAGCUUUACAAUCUCUAUUUGGAGUUCCACAUUUUGUAAAAGAUUUAAAAGGAAAUUCAGAAAAAAGUAUUUAUUCCAAACUUUUAAAUUUAAUAGAGAUGAAAGAAAUCUAUUUGGUAAGAGGUUCAACUGGAAUUGAUACCAAACCUUUCAAAUAUCUUUUGGAUCAAAAAACUAGAGCUUUUAAAGGUAGUGAGCAACAAGAUUCUCAUGAAUUCUUAUUAAUAUUGACGGAUAUCCUGGAAGAGGAGUUAAAGGAGACUCUGAAGAAAGAGAAUGAAAUUUUGGAAGCAAAGCGAAAAGAAAAACAGUUAGAGAAUAAGAUACCCGUGAACAUUAAAGACAACAACAAUGACAAAAACAAUGACAACAACAAUGACAACAACAAUGACAACAACAAUGACAACAACAACAACAAUAACGAUGAAACAAUUAAUAACCAACUUAUUAAAUCACCACAACCUUUGGACAUUCCAAAGUUACUCUUAUCAAUCUGUCCAAUCACAAAGAAUUUCAGAUCGACAAUUCACAACAUUUUCACUUGUAUAAAUUGUAAAGUUAUAUCAGAAAACAAUGAAAUGUUGACAAUUAUUUCAUUGGAAAUUCCUACACAUUCACCAUCGGAAACCUAUAAUAUAGAGAAACUUUUGGAAAAUUAUUUAAAGGAGGAAACCAUUUAUAGAAAUUGUAAUAAGUGUUCUCACGAUAAAUCAUCAGUUACCAAAUACUUUUCAGAGACACCGAAUGUCUUGGUUUUGCAUUUGAAACGAUUCAAACAAAACGAUGACCAGACAUUUAGAAAAGACUCUUUGUCUAUUCCUCCAAUGGAAACUAUCAAAGUUACCACGAUUUUACAAAUUGAUGAUAAUUUUCAACAACCAAAGGUUAAUGUUACAACAACAACAACUACUACUACUACAACAACAACAAAUAUUACUACCAAAAUCAACAAUAUCAGCUCAACUAAAUCGAAAGAAUUACCAAACAACACUAUUAAAAAGAAAACUACCGAACAGAAAUUCAAUUUACAGAGUGCAAUUCAACAUAUAGGUAGUAUGGAUUUUGGACAUUAUGUUUCAUUCGUUAAAGGAAAUAAUGAGUAUUGGAAACUCUAUGACGAUGAAAAAGUUGUUACUGAUAUUCGAUUCAUUGAUGUAUAUGAUAGAUUAUUAAAAGAUGGAUAUUAUAAUAUUUAUAUCAACAUUGUUGUUGUCGAUGCUGCCUCCUCAUCGAUUCCUCGAUGUAUUCUAGAUCAAAGAAUCACCAAUGAUAAAUACUCGAUGGAUUGUACAACACACAACCAAUACAAUGUUAUGAUAUGUCCAUCGAUCACAGCAUGUUUAUCAGGUCAAGCUCAACAAUUCGGAACUUACAAUAUCUUGGUUAAAGAUGGUGUCUAUGAUUGGGUUCAACCCACCUCAAUCUCUUUGAGUAACGAUCUAUUCAUCAACAUCAAACCAUUCAAUGUAUCUUCAGGUGUUUCAUUCAAAUGUUAUGAUAAUUAUUUCUUAAAUAUAGUAACAGAUUCCCAAAUUAGAGUCAAUAUUUCAAGUAUUGAACUUGAUUGUGCAAGAUAUGAAGAGUACAUUCUUAGAAGAAGUUCUAUCUAUAUGAAUGGUGAUAUUAACAGAAUUUCCCAACUCAAUCUCCGGUUGCAAAUUGAGUUUGGAAAUUCUUCCUCAAUUUUGAAUAGAGCCAAUCAAAGUUGCUUCAACAGAUUUCAAUUGCAAGGAAUGUCUUCGACAGAAUUUGGUUUAUGCGUUCACGCAAGUUGUAUUCAAAAAAGUAUUUAA